GAAUUGAAGCCUCUUAAAAUGGCAGAUGCUUUGGACUUCGAGACAGGACAUGCAGGGGCCUCAGCCACCUUCCCAAUGCAGUCUGGCUCAGCAUUAUGUAAGAACGGUUUUGUGGUGCUCAAAGGCCGGCCAUGUAAGAUCAUCGAGAUGUCUACUUCGAAGACUGGCAAGCAUGGCCAUGCCAAGGUCCACCUGGUUGGUAUUGACAUUUUUACUGGGAAGAAAUACGAAGAUAUCUGCCCGUCAACUCAUAAUAUGGAUGCCCCCAACAUUAAAAGGAAUGAUUUCCAGCUGAUUGGCAUCCAGGAUGGGUACCUAUCCCUGCUCCAGGACAGUGGGGAGGUAGGAGAGGAACUUCGUCUGCCUGAGGGAGACCUUGGCAAGGAGACUGAGCAGAAGUAUGACUGUGGAGAAGAGAUCCUGAUCACGGUGCAGUCUGCCAUGACAGAGGAGGCAGCUGCUGCAGUCAAGGCCAUGGCAGAACAACUGAUUCUCAAGGUGGCGGUGGUGGCAGCAGCGAUCCUUGAGCCUACAGAGCACCCCCCCCCCCAGUUGGGUUCCACUCCGGCUAUGCCUUGGCUGGACUCCUAUAUAAUUUAUUUGAUGUUUUAUUUUGAUUUUCCUCACUCCUUCAGACUGUUAGGGAGACCCUGCCCUUCACCUAGCUCCCUUGGCCAGGAAUGA